UGGCUAGCUCGUCACAACAGGAAAGAGUCGGCGCUACAUUUUGAGUUUGACAACACCUUUCCGAAAGUGUGACAUUCAGUAGUUGUAAGUCAAAUAGUGACAAUGGAGAGUGAAGAUUUAGUUGCAACGCAACCUGUCGACACCUCAAUUUGUGACAGCUCUUUUUUUUCCACCCAACAAAGUACGGCUCCCCAGUUUUGGGGGAAAUUGUAUCCUGUGACCAGAAGUCUCAGACCUAUUGAUCUCGCAGAGAACGACGUGACCAUAGGUAUGGGGGGAACUUGUCCGUUCUCGAACGAUGUUAAAGGUUCUCUGUCAGAAAAUGUAUCUUUUCAAAUCACACGGAAAUCUGAAAAAACAAAAGGUAACUGGCUGAAAACUGUAUGUCGACUUCACGACAAUAGUACUCCAAAAGGGCUACUACUCAAUGGUCGGCCGAUACAGGGGUCCAUACUUGCCAAACCACUUAAAACUAAUGAUAUAAUAAGUUUUCCUCAACGUACAACAGGCCAUCGAGAAGCCUAUGUGUUCAUCGACUCCUGUAAUCCCAUUUGUGAUAUCAACGUUCCUGCCAUUGUAUCCAGAGCCUACCAGAUAUCUUAUCGAUUAGGAGCUGGGGCAUUUGGAGAAGUGUUUCUAGCUUUCGAUAAGGAUUCUUGUCAUCCACUAGCCAUGAAGACCAUCCUUAAAAGUGGUUUAACAAAUGAUGAUGCAAAGAGGCAUUCAAAAUUAAUAAAUGAAUUAAAUGUUCUGAGAUCAGUAAACAAUCCUCACUUGAUUCAACUAGUAGAUGUUAAAGAAUAUAAAAAUGACCAUUUUAUUUUUCUUGAAUUUAUGGAGGGGCACGACCUUUCAAAGAGGUUGAAUGAGAAACAAGCUCUAGAAGAAAAGACUGCAAAGCUGUAUUUUUUUCAAAUUUGCAAAGCUGUACAGUAUUUACAUAGUAAAGGAAUCAUUCAUCGCGAUAUCAAACCUGCUAAUGUGCUACUUGCAUCGUCAGAGACAGACACCAUCAUCAAAUUGACUGACUUUGGGUUGACCAAAAUUUUAACACCUAGCACAGUCAUGAAAACUAUGUGUGGGACGAAAAUGUACGCUGCGCCCGAAAUCCUGAGUGGUGCUGGCCCAUACACAGGGCAAGUUGAUGUCUGGAGUAUGGGAGUGCUUCUCUACACAUGCUUGUGUGGAUCAGAACCAUUUUCCGUCGCCUCCCAUUUGAUCGAAAAACACAUAAUGAGAAGCCUAUAUGUCAUGCCCCCCGACACAUGGCGUAAAAUUUCUGUUUUUGCAAAAAAUCUGGUGGACAUGAUGUUGCUUCUUGAGCCUACAGAGAGAAUUAAAGUUAAUGAAAUUAUGAACUAUGUGUGGAUUAAGGACACCCAAAUGCAUGCAAGACUGAAUAAAAUCUAUUACCGGUUUGGAUUGUGAUAUUCUCUAUUGGAAGUUGUUUUUAUUUUUUUAAUGUUAUUGUUGUGAUAAAUCUAUGUUGUGUCAAUUAAAAAGUGAUUUAUUAAAAUCAAACAUCCAACUAAA